AGAAAGUUUUUUUUUGUUGAUUUGAUUCACAAACGACUAUUAAAAAGUAAAAACAACCUAAGUAUUUAAAAAAUUAAUAGCUAUAUUACCAUUUAGUUACCAAUUGGUUUCAAAAUAUCCAAAUGGAGGUCACGGAGGAUAACUUGGCUACUCUUGCUAACUAUUUACAGCAGACACUGAAUCCAGAUCCAAACAUUAGAAGGCCGGCUGAGAAGUUCCUUGAGGGGGUGGAGGUGAACCAGAACUAUGCAAUUCUCCUGUUGCAUCUAAUUGAUAAAGAGUCUGCUGAUCCCACAAUACGAGUGGCCGCUGCUGUCACCUUCAAGAAUUAUAUCAAGAGAAACUGGCCAGUGGAAGAAGAUGGUGUGGAUCGCAUCCAUGCAUCUGACCGAGCGACAAUCAAGACUUUGAUAGUUUCCCUCAUGUUGAAAUCGCCAGAGAGUGUUCAGAGGCAGCUCAGCGAUGCUGUGUCCAUCAUCGGCAAGUCAGACUUCCCUGAGAAGUGGCCCGGCCUCAUCAGUGAAAUGGUGGAGAAGUUUGGCACAGGCGAUUUCCACGUGAUAAACGGCGUCCUCCGCACAGCGCACUCCCUGUUCAAGCGAUACCGCUAUGAGUUCAAGUCGCAGAAGCUGUGGGAGGAGAUCAAGCACGUGCUGGAAAACAUUGCCAAACCACUCACUGAUCUCUUCGUGGCAACAAUAGAGCUAACAAACACACACGCGAACAACCCUCAAGCACUGAAAGUCAUAUACGGUUCGCUGGUGCUCAUAUGCAAGGUGUUCUACUCGCUCAACUGCCAGGACCUGCCCGAGUUCUUCGAGGACAACAUGCCCAUAUGGAUGCCCAACCUUCUCAACUUGUUGCAAGUCAAAGUUCCUUCGUUAGAGACUGAUGAUGACGACGAGAAACCCGGUGUGAUGGAGCAACUCCGCACGGAAGUGUGCGAGUGCGCCGCACUCUACGCCCUCAAAUAUGAGGAGGAGUUCGCCCCGCACGCGCCCGCCUUCGUCACCGCCGUGUGGCACGUGCUGCUGACCACGGGUGCCAAGCCCAAGUACGACGCGUUGGUAUCAAACGCUUUGAACUUCUUAUCCAAAGUUGCGGAGAAGAACAAUUACAAGAGCCUGUUCGAAGACCCGGCUACGCUCAGCAGUAUUUGUGAGAAAGUUGUCAUCCCUAAUAUGGAAUUUCGAGAAUCAGACAUGGAACUGUUCGAGGACAAUCCUGAAGAAUACGUCCGGCGUGACAUUGAGGGCUCUGACGUAGACACGCGACGUCGCGCGGCCUGCGACCUCGUGCGCACGCUUGCGCUGCACUAUGAGGACAAAAUGAUGAGCAUUUUCGGGCAAUAUGUUGAGGUGAUGCUAAACAAGUACGCAGAGAGUGGAGGCAGCGCCUGGGUGGGCAAGGACACCGCGCUGUUCCUGGUGACGUCCCUGGCGUCCAGGGGCGCUACGCAGGCGGCUGGCGUCACUAAGGCGUCCCCGCUGGUGGACCUGGCCUCCUUUGCUGCCAACCACGUGCUACCAGAGCUGCAGAGGCCCAAUGUGGCGGAGCUGCCGGUGCUGAAGGCAGACGCCAUCAAGUACAUCAUGACCUUCCGCUCGCUGCUGCCCAAGGAGCUCCUCAUCACGGCUUUGCCGCUGCUGAUCCAGCACAUUACGGGUCGAGGUGUGGUGUGCACGUACGGCGCGUGCGCGGUAGAGAAGCUGAUCGCGGGCGGCAUGGUGCCGCGCGCGGCGCUCGAGCCGCACGCUCCGGCCCUGUUGGGCGCGCUGUUCGCGUCGCUGGGCGCGCAGGACAACCCCACCGAGCACAACGAGUAUGUCAUGAAGGCCGUUCUCCGUACUUUGGCAAUACUGCGCGAGUCGGCACUGCCAUACUUGGGCGAAGCUUUGCCAAAGUUGGCCGGCAUGUUGGCCGUGGUGGCCAAGAACCCGUGCAAGCCACACUUCAACCACUACCUGUUCGAGAGCCUCUCGCUGGCCGUUCAGUUGGUGGUGAAAGCAAACCCAAGCGCCAUAACGGCGUUCGAGGACGCUCUGUUCCCGAUAUUUCAGGAAAUAUUACAAAACGAUGUCCAAGAAUUCAUGCCAUACGUAUUCCAAAUGCUGUCCCUUCUACUGGAGUUGCGCGGCAGCGGCGGCGGCACGGGCGACGCGGGGGCGGAGGCCUACGCCGCUCUGUUGCCGUGUCUCGUGGCCCCGCCGCUGUGGGAGCGGGCCGCCAAUGUCAGACCUCUCGUGAGGCUGCUCUGCGCUUUCGUGGCCACACGCGCCGAUCGAGUACUUGCUGAUGGGAAGUUGAAUGCGAUGCUGGGCGUGUUCCAGAAGCUGAUCGCUUCCAAGACAAACGACCACGAGGGCUUCUACCUCAUCCAGACCAUAUUGUAUAAAUUCGGCGAAUCAGUAAUGCAGCCCUACACCAAACAGAUAAUAACACUGCUAUUCCAACGACUCUCUUCGUCCAAAACCACCAAAUACGUGCGAGGGCUGAUCGCAUUCCUGGGCUUCUUCUCUGCGCAUUUUGGUGCCGACACCCUGAUCGACCUUGUUGACUCCGUGCAGAGCAACAUGUUCGCGAUGUACGUUGAGCGUGUGUUGGUCCCGGACGUACAAAAAGUGACCGGUGCGUUGGAGCGCAAGGCCGCGGCCGUCGGCUGCGUCAAGCUACUCUGCCACAGCGCGCACUUCCGCGAGGGCGGCCUGGCGCGGCUGUGGACGCCAGUGUUGCAGGCACUCAUAGCGCUGUUCGAGUUGCCUCCAGAUGAAAGCACGUUACCGGAGGACCACUUCAUCGAAGUGGACGACGCGCCGGGCUACCAGCCGCAGUACGCGCAGCUGGCGUGCGCCAAGUCUAACACCAACGAUCCUCUAGCCAGUAUAGACGACCCGAAGCGCUACUUAGCCGAGAGCCUGGCGACAAUGUCCCGGUCUUACCCCGGCUUGUUGCCGCCACGGGUGGCCGCGCUCAGCGAGCCGCACCGCAACGCGCUGCACGGAUACCUGGCCGCCUACAGUGUUCAACUGUGCUAAAUGGGGGAAAAAGGGAUCCUAAAAGUAUUUCGGAAACGUGGUUUUGAGGACCUUUUGAUACCGCAGUGUGUGUAAGAUAGGCUACUUGAACAAAAUUUGUACUCGUAGAAAGGCUAUCCGACUACGGCAAAGCCAAAAAGAAGGGUUAUGAUUUAAGCAGUCUAUGUAUGUAGGUUUGUAUUUAUGUGUGUUAAA